AUGGACCCGACUAAGGCUCCUGAUUUCGAGCCCCCCUCGGAAAAUAGAACGCCGAACCCGCCGCUGGCGCCGCAGUCCACUAUUCCUAAAAGCGGCCCCAUUAUGCCUUACGUUUUGGCCGACUACAACGCAUCAAUAGAUGCGCCAAUCCAUCCGCGCACUUACAAGAAGCACUCGAAGGCCGGUCGCCACGUGUCUACUGCGCAUCACAGCUCCAUUCCGCUAAAGCAACCCGAGCUUCAGCCGCCCUCUCAUGAAACCUCCGAUGAGGAUGAACGCGCGCAGGAUGAUCACCCUGCCCCGAGCCCUGCUUUGAGUGCUGGCCCCGGCUCCAACCCGGACCAUGACAGCUAUUUUGACAACGAUGCUGCCACGAUCUCGGGCUCCCACUAUCGACGCAACUCUAGCCGCACCAGCCUCGCCCAACAGUUCACUCACCAAAUGAACCUCUUUGAUGGCGACUCUCCGUUCCACAAUAUGUCGUUGAAGGAUGAGGAGCCCAAGGAGGAACACAUCGGGUCCCGUAUCCAUAAGUACCAGAUCGCUGAUCUCGAAGAGGUUCCACAUGGCGUUGUACGCCAGGCUGCGACCCUCGACCAAUACUGCUUCCCUAGCCAUCGCCUACAGAAGGAGCUUCGCAACCCUAACAAGUUGCCCUUGGUGGUUGUAGCGUGUGGCUCCUUCUCACCCAUCACUUACCUUCACUUGCGGAUGUUCGAAAUGGCUUUGGACGCCAUCUCCGAGCAGACGAGGUUCGAAGUCGUGGGCGGCUACUACUCUCCCGUCAGCGAUAAUUACAAGAAGCCAGGGUUGGCGCCCUCACACCACAGAGUCCGCAUGUGUGAACUGGCCUGCGAGCGUACCUCCUCCUGGCUUAUGGUCGACGCCUGGGAGUCUUUGCAGCCCACUUAUACGCGGACUGCUAAAGUACUUGACCACUUCAACGAUGAAAUCAACGUGAAGAGGGGAGGUAUUGCCACCUCUUUUGGCGCCAGAGUUGGCGUCAAAAUCAUGCUCCUGGCAGGCGGCGACCUUAUAGAAAGUAUGGGCGAGCCUAAUGUGUGGGCUGACUCAGACCUGCAUCACAUAUUGGGCAACUACGGAUGUCUCAUUGUUGAGAGAACUGGGUCUGAUGUGAGAUCGUUUUUGCUUUCUCACGAUAUCAUGUACGAGCACAGGCGAAAUGUUCUAGUCAUCAAACAACUAAUCUACAAUGAUAUUUCCUCUACGAAAGUGCGCCUCUUCAUUCGCCGGGGCAUGUCGGUACAGUACUUGUUACCUAACAGUGUUAUUCGCUAUAUUCAGGAACAUGGUCUUUACGUUAACCAAACAGAACCUGUAAAGCAAGUUAUGGGUAACAAAGAGUAG